AUGGCUGCGGAAGUUCUCGCUGACCUGGGACUCUACGCCGACGAGGAGACAUCGCAGCUGAGGCUGCUAGAUCCCCACAAUGACCACUCGACGACACUGCGAGACCAUUGCAAGAAGUUCCUCACCCAAAUGGAGAACUUUAACGAGAUCAGUGACAAGUUCCUCAAAAUUAGCGAUGAGCUCAGUGAACAGGUCGAUCGGGAGCGGAUGAGAGCGAUGGGGAGUCGGAAUCGACUCCUAAUGGUGGAUCAUGAGAAAGAACGGCGUAGACUGCAGAUGGACCAGCUGCUGCUUGAAAGGCGAGUUCAGCUUGAGAGACUGAGAGCUCAAGCGAACAGUCUACGCGCAGCUAAGGAAGACAUUCAGCAGAUGUUGAAUCGAGCCCGAGGUUGA